CAACAAUUUUCUCAACGCUGCAGAUGAAGUACAAUUUCCUUCGGCAAUGAGUUCCAAUUUUGAUGACGACAUUUACGGCGGCUUUAGUGGAGUUACCAAUAAACUGUUCAACUACGACGCGAAAGAAGAUCAAGCGUUCCAGAAUGCGGUCCGCACGUCCAGCUACGGCAAGAAGGCUACCACGCCCAAGUUCUUCUGGAACGGGGACAAGCUCGGUUCGGCCGAACCGACCACCGCAAUGGCACGACCCUCCACCGCGAUCCGGCCAGUCGGCUACUCGUCCCACAACUCCAAACUGUUCGACCCACUCAACCAGGCGGCGAAGAAGAUCGUGGUGAUGGAAAACCGCAAGGAGGAAACGCCCGAACAGCGGUACAAAAACCUGGAGACAAAGAUCUACGCCCUGCUGGAGGAAUCGAUCGUGGCCAGUACGGGCGGCAAGCCGGACAUGGCGACCAGCCUGGCGAAGGCGAAGGAGGCGUCCUCGCUCGACCGGACGCUGCUGCGGAUGCGCGACCAGGACGGUGGCACCUACACGCACAACUUCGAUCUGACGUUUUUCGUGCUGUUCAAUCUGGCCAAUGUGUACGCGAAGAACGAGAUGUACAUCGAGGCGCUGAACACGUACACGCUGAUGACGAAGAACAAGAUGUUCCCGAACGUUAAUCGGCUGAAGAUCAACAUGGGCAACAUUUACUUCCAGCUCGGGCUGUACACGAAGGCGAUCAAGAUGUACCGGAUGGCGCUGGACCAGGUGCCGGGCAAUCAGAAGGAGUUGCGGCUGAAGAUAACGCACAAUAUUGGCAUACUGUUUAUCCGGAUGGGCCAGUACUCGGAUGCGGCGACCAGCUUCGAGUUUAUCAUGUCGGAGAAGGGCGAUCUGAAGACGGGGCUGCAUCUGAUCCUGUGCUACUACGCGCUGGGCGAUGUGGAGAAGAUCAAGCACGCGUUUCAGCUGCUGCUGGACAUCCAGAUCGAUUACAACGAGGAGGAGAAAGCGUUCCAGGCGAAUUCAAAUCCUGCGUACGAGUACAUCAAUGAGAUGAUCAAGUCGGACGAGCUGCAUAGCUACGAGCGCAAGCUGCGUCAUCUGGCGGAGAAGAACAUCCUGAUCUCGGCGAACCUCAUUUCUACGAUCAUUGACGAUUACUUCAACGAUGGGUACAGUUGGUGCGUGGAAACGAUCAAGAACUCGUACUUUUCGUCGUUGGCAACCGAUCUGGAGCUGAAGAAGGCAGUCAUAUACCUAAAGCAGGACGACUUUCAGCAAGCGAUCGAUACGCUGAAGUACUUUGAAAAGAAGGAAUCCAACAUUGCGAUCAAUGCGGCCAUUAAUUUGAGCUUCAUUUACAUACUGAAAAAAGACGUAGCCGCGGCGGAAAACUAUGCCGAGGCGGCGAAAAAGAUCGACAGCUACUGCCCGGCCGCGUUCAUCAACAGCGGCGUCUGCUGCUACAUGAGGGCGGACUACGAAACGGCCAAGCUGAUGUUUACCAGCGCGCUCGGCAUCGAUUCCACCUCGUUCGAGGCACUGUACAACAUGGGGCUGAUCUUCAAGCAGCUGGGCGACCACAACAGUGCGCUGAUCUACUUCCGCAAGCUCAUCUCGAGCCUGGGGCACGAGCAGCACCCGGAGGUGCUGUACCAGAUCGCCAGCCUGUACGACGCGCUCGGCGAUGUCGGUACGGCUCUGGAGUACUACCUGCAGCUGCUCAGCCUGGUGCAGCAGGACCACCGCAUCAUCCAGAAGAUUGGCGAGCUGUACGAGGCGGACGGGGAGCGGCAGCAGGCGUACCACUAUCACCACGAAUCGUACCGCAUCUAUCCGAUUGAGGCGACCGUCGUCAACUGGCUCUGCUCGCACUACAUCGAGCUGCAGGUGGUCGAGAAGGCGAUCGGGUUUUACGAGAAGGCCGUGCUGCGCAAUCCGCUCGAUCCGUACUAUCUGCUGCGCAUUGCUGGGUGCUAUCGGCGCAUUGGCAAUCAGCAACGGUCGAUGGCACUGUUCCGCAUGAUACACGAGAUUUAUCCGGACAAUACGGACUGCUUGCGGGCGCUGAUGCAUCUGGCCCAGUCGCAGGGCAAUGGGGAGCUGUACGAGCGGUACAGCGGGGAGCUGCAGAAGCUGGAGAAGCAGAAGGAGGUUCGACAGAGGAUUGGUACCUCGCGGCCGACCAACUCGGGCAGUUCCCGUAUGUCUAGCGGCGAUUACAGUGUACGUUCCGCCGGCCAUGAAGGCUAUCAACCGCCCGGCACCGGUACGGGUUCGGCCCACUCGUCCGCCGGCCUACCGUCCAAGAGUGCGGACGUUUCGCCCGAGUACAGCAACAACUUUACGCCGCACGCCGGCUACGGCUAUGCGGAUCCGCUCGGCCCACCGCAGGAGCGUCCACGUACCGGGGUGCGCAAGAAUCUCACCUUCGACGAUGAGUCGGACGAAGAAAUUAAUACGAUCGAUCUGCUGCCCGCUUAAUCAU